AUGCAGUACUCACAGACUUCCAGGAGAGAAGGUGGCCCCGCAAAUAAGUAUUCACCAGACUCAGACGCAGCGGUGGAUCAGACCGAGACAUGGUAUAAGGAAAUGGUGGGAUACGUAAAUUUUGACGACGAGUCCGAGUCCGAGUCGGGCAGUCUUAAUGACAGCGCUGGUCCAUCCCACUCAACCAUCACAGCCUGUGUGCAUUCUCAAGAUCUGAGUUCUGACUCAUCGGAAGAAGGACUAGAAGAAAUAGAGGGGAGGAGGCGGCCAGUUGUGGAUUCUCAACUUCGCAGCAAAGACAUGAACAAUACAUCAACUGACUUUCCCAACUUGUGCCAGCCAACUAUCCAUACGCCAUGGCAUAAUUAUACCCACUACCCGUACGAUAGCUACUACCAUGCCUCAUAUCGCUCAUUCGGCGCCACAUUUAUACCCUCGGUCCAAUUUGCCACUUCGUCAUCUUUAUUUGUACCUCCUGAAUCCAGCCUAGAAAAUUCAAAAGCAAAGCAAGGCACACACCAAUUGUCAAAGGUUGGCCGUCGUAAACGGACACCUUCAAAAUGCGUUACAAAGCGCGUUUCAGGCGGGACUGGGCGGCUAAGCCGUGAAGAAGAAGAUUCAUUGCCGUCGCGUGAGUACACGGAGAACGUCAUUCGUGACAUUCUCAACAUACCCCCCGACGUUGCAAUUAAAGAUGCGUGGCCCACGGCUGUGACUCCAUGGGUUCCGUAUGGCAAAGUAAACGCCCUAAUGCUGGUUCUCUGCUGCUCUGAGAAUACUAGGGCAACAGUAAAGGAAAUUCAGAAACUCCUGGUUGACAAGUAUCCAGCACUUAAAAGUACACCGUCUAAUCAUGGAUGGCGGCGAACACUUUGUGGAUACCUCUCACAUUUGCCUCAAUUCAGGCGAAUAGAACGUGAAGGGAAUAAGGGGGAUUACUGGGUACUGAAUUAUUUCUAUACAAUCAAGGACUUGCGGAAAGCUGUACUACCUAUGAUGUUCGCUAUCCAUUUUAAUUUCAUUAUCAAACAUACAAUGGACAUGUUUGGGGGCGCGUUCACUCUACAGAGCUUACCAGAGGUUGUAAAUGAACAGUCAGUGAAAUGA